ACUGCUGCUCGUAGAUGUCCCAACAAUUCUCGGCCGGGAUUCAACCGACAUCGUACAGGGCGCUCCUCCACUAGCACCAAGCAGCUUCAGCGCUCAAGGCCCCUAAGCUCCACGCACGGGCCCCCAAGAAAAAAAGUUGAGAGCGCCAAUCACGAAGCUCCGACUCUGCCCUGCCCGUCCUCCGGAAAUUCCCUCCCAGCACGACGGCGAGCGACAAACGCCAGCCAGACAGGUCCUUUCCAUCCUCAACCUCAUCGUCAAUCCCCUCAUCUGUCUUCUCCCACCUCCCCUAGACCCGCCGCUGCGUUCGAUUGACGCUCCUCUCGCAGCAUGUCCCGCAUCCUCCGACCGGCCGCGCGCCUCACUCGGGCCGCCGCUCCUCGCGCUCCCAUCGCCCCUUCGACCUCGACGCUGGCCCAGGUUUCGCGCGCUGCCCUCGCACGCAACGCCUACUACGGCGCCUCGCAGACCCGCGCGUACGCCGAUGGCUCCGGCGUCAAGGAGUACACCGUCCGUGAUGCGCUGAACGAGGCUCUUGCUGAGGAGCUCGAGGCCAACCCCAAGGUCUUCAUCCUGGGCGAGGAGGUUGCGCAGUACAACGGUGCCUACAAGGUCACAAAGGGUCUCUUGGAUCGCUUCGGUGAGAAGCGUGUCAUCGACACCCCCAUUACCGAGUCUGGCUUCACUGGUCUGGCCGUUGGUGCCGCUCUCAGUGGCCUGCACCCUGUGUGCGAGUUCAUGACCUUCAACUUCGCCAUGCAGGCCAUCGACCAGGUCGUCAACUCGGCCGCCAAGACCCUCUACAUGUCGGGCGGUAUCCAGCCUUGCAACAUCACCUUCCGCGGUCCCAACGGUUUCGCUGCCGGUGUCGCUGCCCAGCACUCGCAGGACUACUCUGCCUGGUACGGCAGCAUUCCUGGCCUCAAGGUCGUCUCGCCCUGGAGCGCCGAGGACGCCAAGGGUCUCCUCAAGGCCGCCAUCCGCGACCCCAACCCCGUCUGCGUCCUCGAGAACGAGCUCAUGUACGGCCAAUCGUUCCCCAUGUCCGAGGCUGCUCAGAAGGACGACUUUGUCAUUCCCUUUGGCAAGGCCAAGAUUGAGCGUGCCGGCAAGGACUUGACCAUUGUGUCUCUGUCCCGCUGCGUUGGCCAGGCCCUGGUUGCUGCCGAGGGCCUGAAGAAGAAGUACGGCGUGGAGGCUGAGGUUAUCAACCUGCGCUCCGUCAAACCUCUCGAUGUCGAGACCAUCAUCCAGUCCAUCAAGAAGACCCACCGUCUCAUGGUCGUCGAGUCUGGCUACCCCAUGUUCGGUGUGUCGGCUGAGAUCCUGGCUCUGUCGAUGGAGUACGCUUUCGACUACCUUGACGCGCCUGCCCAGCGUGUCACUGGUGCUGAGGUGCCUACUCCUUACGCCCAGAAGCUCGAGGAGAUGUCGUUCCCCACGGAGCAGCUGAUCGAGGACCACGCCGCCAAGCUGCUUCGCGUGUAAGAAAGGAAGGAAGUCGAAGGGUAAUGGAGAGGGUUGAGCGAAGAAGAAUACAUGGCGAAACGGAAAGCCAUUAGUAGGUCAGGCAUACCAGUCUGUUAUUUUUUCUUUUUUUAUAUAGACGGGAAAGGAUGGGACCUGUAUUUGUAUUCCACUGCCAUGUACACACAUCAACAUCCGCCUAUGUCUACUGUGGCUCACCGACCUUGUAUCGAUGUCAUGUGCUCCCAAGGUCUUGCCAGGCCCCAUCUGAACCAGAUGUGAACUGGAGUCUCUGCCUUGUCAGGCUGUUCGUGACUGGCCAUCAGCUGAUGCCAAAUUCCACCCUUCGCCAUCAACGAGAGCCGACGAGCCCAACCAGCCCUUUGCAGUAGCAGGAUCUUGCUACGCCCAUUCUUACCGGUACGGACGAUUACGGCCCCGAUAGUAAUUUUGU